AUCCAAAACCUAGACGAUGUGAAAUGCAGUUGAUACAUUCGAUUUUACAAAAUGGAAAACAAAGUAAAUAAAAACCGAAAUUUCGAAACAGCAAUGUGAAAAAACCAUGGUAGCUUCGUCCUCGCACUUCACCAGAAACAAGCUCCUAACUUUCUCUCUCCUCCUCCUCCCUCUCCUCUGCUUCCUCCUCUUCAACAGAAGCCCUCUCGAUCCCAAACUCAGAGAUCUCAGCCUCAUCUCCCAAAUCCCCGCCGUCUCCAGAUCCUCUCUCUCCCACGACGAAUUCGAUGAUACAAAACAACCCACUUCAAUUUCGUCUGAUUUCCAAGAAAAAACGACGCCCCUUUCAUCAAAAUCUGAUCUUGAUGAGGAAAAUGAAGUUCCCAUCUCAUCAAAUUCGAAUCUUGACGACGAAUCUCCUCAGAAUGCUUCAGAGCCGUUGGAUCCAUCGGAGUCGGAAGAGGAAAAGAUAGGUCUCAUCACACCGGAUUCCGAUUCCGAUGACAGAAACAGCACGAAAUUGGAAGAAUCUGGUGAAAAGAUGGAGUCUUUGAAGGAGGCCGGUGGUUUAAUUGAUAAUGCGGCGGCGGAAGAGCUGAGGAAUUGUGAUAUGUACAGUGGGAAAUGGGUGAAGGAUGAAGGGUAUCCUCUAUAUAGAGCGGGUUCUUGUCCCUAUGUGGAUGAGGCUUUCGAUUGUCAGAGCAAUGGGAGGCCUGAUUUUGGGUAUACACAAUGGAGAUGGAAACCUCAUGGAUGUGAACUUCCCAGGUUUAGCGCGACGGACUUCUUGGGGAGACUGAGAGGAAAGAGGCUUAUGCUGGUGGGAGACUCUAUGAACCGUAACCAGUUUGAAUCUCUGCUGUGUCUUCUGCGUGAAGGGCUUCCGGAUAAGUCCAAAAUGUAUGAAACUCAUGGAUAUAAGAUAACUAAGGGAAGAGGAUACUUCAUGUUCAAAUUUGAGGAUUACAACUGCACUGUGGAAUUUGUUCGGUCGCACUUCCUUGUCAGGGAAGGGGUUCGUGUCAAUGCACAAGGAAGUUCCAAUCCUACUCUCUCCAUCGACCGUAUUGACAAGACAGCUGCUCGUUGGCUGAGGGCCGACAUACUUGUGUUCAACACAGGGCACUGGUGGACCCAUGGAAAGACGUCUAGGGGGAAAAACUACUACAAAGAAGGCGAUUACGUCUAUCCUAAAUUUGAUGCUGUGGAAGCAUAUAGAAGAGCCAUCAAGACUUGGGCAACGUGGAUCAAGAACAACAUGAGCCGUGAAAAGCUGGUUUUCUAUCGUGGUUACUCGUCUCCUCAUUUCAGAGGUGGAGACUGGGAUUCUGGUGGAUCGUGCAAAGGAGAGACUGAACCGGUAGUGCAAGGGGCAAUCAUCGAUAGCUACCCUCAGAAGAUGACGAUUGUGGAGGAAAUCCUCAGGGAAACGAGGGUGCAGGCAGUGCUUCUGAAUGUUACACGCCUGACCAAUUUCCGCAAGGAUGGACACCCCUCCGUUUAUGGAAAGAACGUGACUCAACUCAAGAAGGUGUCUACGAGAAGGCAAGACUGUAGCCAUUGGUGUCUUCCCGGAGUGCCUGAUGCCUGGAACGAGCUCAUCUAUGCUACAUUGGUAGCCAGACAGACAUAGUCACUAUAAUCGUGUAGCCAUUAAGUUAAUUCCUUACAUUUAAUCGUGUAGAGUCCUCCUUGAAAAUGUAAUUGAUGGUGAGCAAUGCAAAAAAAUGUAUAUUCAUAUUUGUAUUAUUUAGAUCGGAGAUGAUUUCUACUU